AAUACUUUUAAUUAUAAUUAAUUAAUGUUAUUUAAUUGACCAGAAUUUAUGAUAUCAUAUAACGAUACGCUGGAGAUAUCGUUAAUAUGCGGUCACAAACAUUUAGGCACACGUCGGUUGAAAUGCAGUCAAUACACGGCCAGCACUCGGCCCACAACUCCGAUCACAAAUCGGUCGGACGAGUAUUUGUCGGGCAAAUCGCUGGACACACCGGCCGACCAAUUAAUGGACUCAAUGGUCAGCGUUAACAGCGAUUCCGGCAUCGAUUACCACAAGAGGUUUGAAUUGAGAAAUAAUUUCAAAGAGAAGCUAUUCAUCACCAGAAACGCCAAGAGACGGAUCAGCUGUACAGCCAAUCAGAGCAGCCGUAAAAUCUAUUUCAAUUCAUACGACUAUUAUUUGAUACCCGAUGUCAACGAAUGUCAUCAGCAAACUCAGAAAAUAUUAAACACCCGAUCGUUGGACAGGAAUGAGUUCGCAAUGAAAUAUAGUCUGUAU